AUGAGCACCGUCUCGAACGAGGUGUACUUUGCGGCGGUGCUAGCCUAUCGAGAGUUCAUCCCACCCUGGGAGGACCGAGAGGAGCUGACAUGGCUGAAGCUCCCUCAGGCGUUGCUCUAUCUCGUUCCCUACUUUUUCUUGGCCUACCUCGUGCGGAGACAAGGCACCUAUCUCAUGCGGCUCCUCCUCCUGCCAACGGUCGUGGCCAUGGCCCUGCGCUGCACCUUCCGUUACCGGAACGAAGACCCGCGGAUGGCGUGGUACGAGUGGAACAGAGGUCUUCUCGCAAUGUUCAUCAUUGCGAAGUCAGUCGAUUUUGCUUUCGCAAAAGAUGGACGGCUGAGAGUGGGAGAGAAGGAGCUCAGGCGAAGUUUCGACCGCGAUGCGCCCCAACGUGUACGCAGCGCGCGAGCGGCGGCGCUGCUAGGGGGGCGCAAUCCUGCCGCACGCAUCCUCCCACGUUGCGUCUUCGACGCCCUGGAAGUCGGUCUCACCAUGCGCGGCGUGGGCUGGGAUUUCGGGAAGUACACACCAAUACCGCAGACCACCCGUCCGUCGGAACGUGAGGCGUUCAUACGAGCGACUGUGAAGAACAUCAUCCGGAACCAACUCCUCAUUGACCUCAUCGACACGCUGACGAAGUGCGUACCGGGAGUCACCGCCACCGGCGGCACCAUAUUUCUCCAGGAGCUGCCACCCCUGGAGCGCUACCUCUUGUCCACAGCUAUACAUGUCGGGCACGGGCUGCUGAUAUUCGCCGGCGUCGCGCUCACCUACGACGUCGGGUCUCUCAUUGGCAUCGUUCUCUUCAGACAGUCGCCGGACGCUUGGCCCCCCAUUCACGGCGCGCUCCUCUCCGCGCGGUCCGUGCAUGACUUCUGGGCCAAAUCGUGGCACCAGGCGUUCCGAUACACCUUCCUCACCCUCGGCGGGUUCUUCGGAAAGUGGCUCUCCGGCGGACUCGGAAUGGUGCUCGGGUGCUUCCUCGCCUCGGGGCUGUUUCACGAGUUUGGACUCGUUGUGGCCGGGAAGGAGCUUGAUCCGAGCGUGCUCGCGUUCUUCCUCUUGCAAGCCGUCGGCAUACUGUGCGAAACAGCGUUCAGACGGGUGACGGGCAAGAAGGUCGGAGGCCCGCUCGGGUUCGUCUGGACCGCCGUGUUCGUUGUGGGUAUCGGUCAGAUAUGCACCGACUCGUGGUACGCACGCGGGAUCGGAGGGGCCAUCUCCAUCCCACCAUUCUUGAGCGUCAUUCGACUUGUGUUGUUGCCGUCGAUCCGUAUCGUCGUCCGUUGUGUUUAUUCCUUGCUAUCGUAA